CACAGUUACACAGCAGAUUCGGUUUCCGUCGGCGAUCGGAGAAGGAGAGAGAAGAUGUCUCACACUCACGGCAGCGCUUCAUCGGCGAACGAUCCGCGACAACCGUCGGCGGCGAAGCCGUACUCCCCGGCGCCAGUUUCACCGCAGGAUCUUCCCGUUGACUACUCCGGUUUCAUCGCAGUUAUCCUCGGCGUCUCCGGCGUCAUGUUCCGGUACAAGCUUUGCUCAUGGCUUGCAAUUAUAUUCUGCGCACAAUCUCUGUCCAACAUGAGGAACCUGGAGAACGAUCUGAAGCAGAUCUCUAUGGCUAUGAUGUUUGCUAUAAUGGGAUUGGUCACAAACUACUUGGGACCUGCUAGACCCGCCACAAAAAAAUGAUACGUCUCCGAUCCGAUCAUGAAGAUACCUUGCUUUGAUUUGUUUAGGAACCUUCAGGCACGCUAGUUACCGUUUUCGCGUUAAUGUUGUGUUUUACGUUGGUGAAAUUUCUCGGGUUUUUUUGCCUCUAGAAACUAAUAGCUGUGACCUUGAAGCCUGAAAGCUCAUAUCAUAUUUUGGUGUUUAUUGUGGUAAAAUAAAACCAGCGGUUAUGGAUUAAAAACUUAAGCUUUAUUCAGUUGGAUCUUUCCUGAUUUC